GUUUCGAGCCCCCAUUGCCUUUGAUAAAAAUAAAGCAGUGAUGCGACUCAAUGUCGAGUCACGCAUGCUAUUUUAUUUUCAAGUAGCACAACUCAAUAAUCUAUUCAACAGUGUUUAAUUUUUAGCGCUAUGAUUUAAUAAGAAAUAAAAUGAUAAAUAAAUUUUCACUUGUGAAUUGUAGUGCUCGAGGAUAGUAAAUUAGAUGAAAUUUUGUUUUCAACUGAUAGAACUCAACAAUAAAGUCAAGAAUUUUCAAUUUUUGAUAGCACGAUUCAAUGUUAGGUUUCAAAUAACGUUGACAGAAAAAGAAUAGCUGCAUUCCGUUGAAUGCGCAACUACUUUGCGACUAUUUAUAUUUUUCUGCAUCGGAAUUGCAUCAAAUACGGUGAAAAACAUGGAUGCCGCGAAGAAGAUAACGAAUGCAAGUGGAAGUCAUGCAUCACACACAUGCGCAAAUCUGCACACACACACACAUGCACGUGCACGUGUGAACGCACACGAGUGACAGACUCGAGGCCUCGUAAUUUUUGUUUUUCGACGAGCGUCCAGUAAUCGAAUUUUUAUCUCCGUUAUCGCAUUCCUCGAGGCAGCUACUUCAGCUUUACUCUCGCGGAUCACAAUAGUGACAGCGUCAUUUAUGACGUCAUUGAUGGAACUAGAUAAUACGCUGUCGCAGCACACUCCGCGCUAAUAACGGAACGGCUGUUCGGGACUGCCAGUACUGGCAGUCAGUAUCGGAGUGCAAGUUGUGCCUAUGCAAUGCGCAUAUGCGUCCAGUAGGCAGAGCCGUGCAGUUAUAGCAUUGCGAUCGUAUUGGUGAUUAAUCAAAGGCCGUUCGCGAAAAUGGCCGAUGGACGUGAGUCACGGUUGUUUACCACGAAGAGCCUGUACGAGCUGUGCGUGUCCGCGGUAGCGGACAAGUUCUGCAGCUACAAGCCGCACAUCGCCGACUUGCCCAAGAACGUGCGAUUCGAUAUCUACUAUCAGUUGUACAAAGAGAGGAAAUUAUGUAUAUUGGGAACAGAAUUGAGCGAUCUGGAGACUUUCUCCAAAAUGCUCAAGGUUACCAAUCGCCGGAUAGACCUUCUGCAAAUCUUCCAGGCUCCGAUGGAGCACGGCGUAAGGGUAGGAAAACAAUUGGUCAUCAGUUACAACAUGCACUGUUAUCAAGUAAGGCAUCCUUACCAGCAUCCUGACGCGCAGGAUAAAAUCAUACACCUAGGUUUAAGACUGGGUGGGUUUCUCAGCGACGCUGGUUGGUACUCGGAAAGUCAAGAAGUAUUGUUAGCUUGCAAGGAACUGUGUAUGACCUACAAUCAGACCCCUAAAGAAUGGUUUAGAACAUUAGAUUGUUGUCACAAACUGUUGCAUGCGCAAGCAGCAUACUGUGCUUUCGACGGCGCUGCAGAGACUCAUCAACUUGCCAUAGAAAUGAUAAAACGAUUAAAGGAAGCACAUUACGAUGACAGUAAUCAUGCUGCACUCUUCACAGAAUUCAGUGUACUAUUCUUCAUACGCAGUGAAUACGAUCAAGCUUACAGAUGGAGUAUAGAAGCAUUAAAAUACUUAAAACCGUCACUUCCUGCGCGGAUCAUUAUCGACGUUCUGAGGCAGGCAGCAAAAUCGUGCGUGGUAAAACGCGAGUUUCAAAAGGCUGCUUUAUUGAUCAGAGAAGCUGUGUAUCUCGCAAGAGAGGUAUUUGAUACAGAUCAUCCGAAAUACAGUGAUGUUCUUAUCGAUUAUGGAUUCUUUUUAUUAAACUAUGAUAGCAUCAUCAAUAGUGUAUCCGUCUACAAGACUGCAUUAGAUAUUAGAAAAACAAUAUUUGGUAAGACUAAUCUUCACGUUGCUCUGGCACACGAAGACUUAGCUUAUGCUCUCUAUGUAUAUGAAUAUAGUUCUGGGAAAUUCGAUGAAGCAAGUGAGCAUGCUGGAAUGGCCAUAGAUAUCAUGGAGAAACUUUUACCCCUGAAUCAUCUGAUGCUCGCGAGUGCUAAGAGAGUUAAGGCACUUAUCCUCGAGGAGAUCGCUAUAGACAAUGCCUCGACACCGUUGUCCGAGCAAGACUUACUACGGAAAUCCGAGGGGCUGCACUUGUCCGCUUUGCAGUUGGCAAAAACUGCAUUCGGUGAGAGAAACGUGCAAACGGCGAAACAUUACGGAAAUCUCGGCCGCUUGUACCAAAGUAUGAGGAAAUUUCAGGAAGCGGAAGAAAUGCACCUGAAAGCAAUUCGUAUUAAAGAAGAACUGUUAGGUCCCGAUGACUAUGAAGUGGGUUUGAGUAUAGGACACUUAGCCUCGUUAUACAAUUUCCACAUGAACCGGUACACAGACGCCGAAAAGCUUUAUUAUCGUAGCAUCGCAAUCAGUCUGAAGCUAUUUGGGAAGAGUUACAGCGGUUUAGAGUACGACUACCGAGGACUUUUACAUGUGUAUAAUAAGUUAGACCAAUUCGAUAAAAUAAUGGAGUACACAGAAACAUUGAGUCACUGGAAGGAACUUAGAGACAAGCACGCUCAAUCUGAAGACUCACCGAUCGACAUACAGAAACAUCCACAGCCAAUCGCAAACAUAAUCCACAUGUUCUUUUCUAUGUGAUAUAUUAAUAAGUAUGUGCAAUAUAAAUUUUAUGUCAUUGUACGUCAUCAAGCGAGUUGUUAAGUCUUCGUUGCGUUUACAAAAAAACGUUGGGCCAAAGUAGAAAAUUACAAUUCACUAUUCAGAUAUCUCUGAUCUGGAAAUCACUGAUCUGGUCGUACUGUUAAUGAUAUUAUGUUCGUCUUAUAUUGGUAUUUUACAGUACACGUGCAUGAUUAGCAUCGAUAUCACACGAAACAGUUAUUCUCAGCAUAAGAUUAAAUUCGAGUAAAGAUUUUCGAAAUGAUAAAAUCUGUUAAUAUUAAUAAGGGUCUUUGAAUAAAUACAUAGUUUUUUUAUUUUGAAA